AGGAGCGUGCGCAGUGCGCACACCGCACAGUCACUGUCGGGCGACGCGUACGCGACGUUUAUCCACGAUCUGUAUGUCGAGUUUUUAAUAAUGGACAGCCAUCAUUCAUACUCACAAGUCAAAGGUGUCAGCACCGGAACGACCAUCCUUGCUGUCAAGUUCAAUGGAGGAGUUAUCAUUGGGUCAGACUCCAGAGCUUCUAUGGGAGAAUCUUAUGUGUCAUCAAAAACCAUCAACAAACUGAUCCAGGUGCAUGAUAGAAUAUUCUGCUGCAUCGCUGGAUCACUGGCUGAUGCACAAGCUGUUACCAAAAUGGCCAAAUUCCAGCUGUCUUUUCACAGCAUUCAGAUGGAAUCUCCUCCUUUGGUAAAAGCUGCAGCAUCCAUCAUGAGGGAACUUUGCUAUAACAAUAAGGAAGAGCUGCAGGCAGGCUUCAUCACAGCGGGCUGGGACAGGAAGAAGGGACCACAGAUAUACGUAGUGUCUUUGGGAGGAAUGCUACUCAGUCAGCCUUACACUAUUGGUGGAUCUGGCAGCACGUAUAUCUAUGGUUAUGUGGAUGCCAAAUUCAAACCUGACAUGAGUUUAGAAGAGGCUACACAGUUUUCCACAAAUGCUUUGGCUCUGGCUAUGGGUCGGGACAACGUUAGUGGCGGUGUGGUUCACCUGGUCGUGAUCACUGAAGCGGAAGUCAAGCAUGUAGUUGUUCCAGGAAAUAAACUGCCCAAGUUCCAUGAUGAGUAGAACACAAAAAUGACCAAACUGGACAGUUCUACAAAUGUAACUACUUUGUGACUAGAUGUGUGAAGAGUUUUCUGAAGAUUAUUUUCUUCACCCCCUUUGUAAUAAAUAUAUAAA